AUGGAUUAAAUAAUUUCAUAUAACAUAUAACAUAUAAAAUAGAAGGUCAAAAAAUUGAAAUUUAAAAUAUUACAUAAUUUACUUUUCAUAAAAAUAUUUUAUAGCUAUAUUAUUUAUAUAGAAAAAACUAAAGAGAGGAUAAUAUUACUAGAAUAUAAUUAAAGGCUUAUUUUCUCACUAAUUGAGGAGUUAUAAAAUAAUCAAAAAUAAUAAGAACUAUUACCAAUCGAAUAAAGUUUAUCUAAAGCACAAAGUAGAGAGAUUGGUGAAGAAUAUUCAUUAUAAAAAGGAUCUUUAAAAAAAUGUUUUGUUUGUUAUACAAAAAAUUAAAGUAAAAAAUCUAGUUUUUAUUGUUAAAAGCAUGAAAUUAAUGUAUGCAUUAUUCCAUGUUAUAAUUUACAAAGAAAAAGUGUAUUUUUUUGA